GAACGCACUCGUCUAGAUUUCAACGCCGACAUCCACGCCUUCCUCCCAACCUCACCAAAGGCAUUCUUCCAGGCCUGUCACAACAUUUUACCUUACAGCUCAACACUAUACGUCGUAUGUCUACAUCGGAAGCGUGUCCGGUAUAUGCGCCUUUCUUUGGCUUUGGGGGAGCCGCGUCGGCGAUGAUUUUGUCGGCGGUCGGAGCAGCCUACGGGACGGCCAAGGCCGGUAUUGGCAUUGCGGGAGUGGGUACUUUCCGACCUGAUCUAAUGAUGAAGAGCUUGAUUCCCGUUGUUAUGGCUGGUAUUAUUGCCGUGUAUGGCCUCGUGGUCUCGGUUCUAGUCAGCAACGAUCUAGGCCCCGACAAAGAUUACUCCCUUUUUGCCGGGUUCAUACACCUUGCCGCUGGACUUGCCACGGGAUUUGCUGGCUUGAGUGGUGGCUACGCUAUUGGAAUUGUCGGUGAUGCGUGUGUGAGGGGUUACUUGUACCAACCUAGGCUGUUUGUCGGAAUGGUCCUCAUACUUAUUUUCUCGGAAGUGCUCGGAUUGUAUGGACUUAUUGUUAGUUUGAUCCUGAACACUAAGGCGACUAGUGUAUGUGAAUGAGUGCUGGUUUGGGAUGAAAUCAGGAGAAAUUGGGCGACAGCAAUGCGGAAGCGUUGUUGGGUGCGAGGGCAGAUGGAAACAAUCUGGUAGAUUGGUUUGUACCGAAGGUUACGCUGUCGGAGGAGUCGAAAUGGAACCCUUGGUGAAUAGAGCGCUACACCGUUUGAAUCAAACGCGGCGGCGCACCUGCAUACCCACGGCCCUAAUUGUUGCAAUAAGAAAAUGCUACGGACCAUCAUGCAGCCAUA